UGACUCAUAAACUUUCACAGUUCUCUGUUAACUGAUUUCCCCAAGUUCUUAUUUUAGGGGUUUUGCUUUCUAUCAUCAGCUAGAUUAUUAGAUAAAAGCACCAGAAAAAUCUUAUCUAGUUUUGAUUUAACUCGGAUUAUGAAGCCGGAAUUGCAAAAACACAUGGAACAAACUUAAAUGCUUAACCUUGAUUUCAAGUAUUUUUUUUCACGAGUAAAACUGAAAUUCAUCAAGGGGUAGCAAACUGACCUGUGUUCCUCAUAUGUUCUAUUCCAUCCUGAACUGUAGCCUGUAGGGUUUGAAAUUGGAGUGAACAAAACAGUGUACUUGGGUGGUUGCCUAAUUCAAGAAACUGAAAUUUAGAGAGCAAAAAUGAGCUCUAUACCCAAACAGCCUUUGUUCUGCCUAAAAUGGCCAUGGGACAUGAACCAGACUCCUCAGACUAAUACUCCUAGUGUUUGCUCCUUUGAGGGCCCUUGGAUAUUCAAAUCUAUGCAAAGUCUUGGGUCUGUUGCGUUCAAUUUUGUCCAGUCAGUUUCCAAGUCACGGUCUUCGUUAGUCAAUCAUUUUAAGCCCUUGCAGUUUGAUGCAAGAACCAACCAAAGUAAGAGUCUGAGUCCUGAAGAGCAGGCGGAGGCAGAGCAUAGAGCAUUCGCCUCCGCAUUGGCAAGCAAUAAAGAGGCUACAAUGCUUGAGUUUUACUCGCCCAAAUGCAGGCUGUGCAGUUCUUUACUUAAUUCUGUGGUGGAGGUUGAGCGUAGGAACUCAGACUGGCUUAACAUUGUUAUGGCAGAUGCAGAGAAUGACAAAUGGCUACCCGAGCUCCUUCAUUACGACAUUAGAUAUGUACCUUGCUUUGUAUUACUGGACAAGAAGGGGAGGGCACUGGCAAAGACUGGUAUUCCAAAUAGUCGACUACAUGUAUUAGCAGGUCUCUCUCAUCUUCUGAAGAUGAAGUGUCCUAGCAAAAGAACAACCUAAUCGACAUUUGAAGCAUUUUCUUCCAGUCUAAACCAGUCCUCAGGAGUAGAUUUUGUUUUUCUGAUUUGAUUCCGAACUUGCAAGAUAGAUUCCUUUUGUUCAUACUUUAUAAGAUAAAAGACUCCACUUAAUUCUUUCAUCAAUAUGCAACUAUGGAUUUGCAAAAGUAGAUCCCCAUUUCUGUACAGAUAUACAGUUGAGUUGGAGGGUAAAUGCUUGAUUAUUAUGGUAUAAUAUACAUUGCUA